UAAAUAUAAAUACUCUCUUGGCCAAUUUCAAACACAAUUACUGCACAAUUAAUAUAAACAAUGAGCGUCUUAAACAUUUCUGCCCGCGAAUGGAUCUUGGACGAAUCAGGAAACCUAAAACGCCUGCUGGAACCCGAAACCUGGCAAAAAAUACCACUUCUAAACGCAAAUUCCGUUCAGAAUUUCAAGGAUGGUACCAUAAUUCGUUUUCGUGGUAUGGUACAGGAUAUGUCUGGUACUGAAUACUAUUUGGAGCAGUACCAAGUUAUUAACUGCACUACCAACGAAAUUUCCAUGAGGAGUGGCAAGUAUUGUGAUGAAGCUGUCAGAAAUCAGGAUGAAAAAAUAGAUCUGGGUAGUAACAUUCAUAAACCGAGUGAAAGGCAACUUUAUGUCAUUACAUCUAUUCCUGCCAUUAAUUCAUGGGCACAGGAGCUAGAAAAAGGCUUACAUGCUAUACCAGCUGCUACACAGCAACAUAUAAGCAGUUCACAUAAACGAAGAAUAGAUGAAAUUAUGGAUACUGAUGACCCAAGUACAAGUUCCAAUGUUAAAAAAGUAACUACAAGUCCUCCAGGCAAUGAAACUUCCAAACCCUGUACCAUUGUGUCCAAGGAGCAUUUAUUAAACCACCCCUUGGCUAACCAAGAAUCAAAGGUGUGUCACAUGAGGGUGUACAAGGACAGUAAAUCCUUAAAGUUAAAUGAUGUUUGUGAUUUUGUUGGGUUCCUUAGUAUUAGUUCAGUAGAUGAUGAAAAUGAUGAAGAUGAAUUGAUAAAUCAGAUGGAAUUUCAGACUCAUCACCCCCCUGGGAGUUUGGUUCCUCGAAUCCAUGUUAUUCAUUUUAAGCCUUUACUACAUGCAAAUCCAUUAUUAGAUCAGAACAUGAUCAUAAAUUCGAGCCAUUUUGCAACAAUAAAAAAAGAAUUAUUCAUCUUGCUAACACAACUUCUGUUAGGAGACACCUGUGCUGCUGAAUACCUUCUAUGUAAUCUUAUAUCUGAAGUUUACCUAAGAAGAGAGUUAAUGCCUUUAGGUAAGUUUACAUUGAAUAUUUCCAAUGUGCCCAAGCUAGAAAACAUUGAAUAUGUGCAUGAAGUUUAUAAAUUCUUAGAAAUGAUGUUAGUCAAAAGUCAUUAUCUACCUCUAACUUUAGAAAAUAUGAACACACUGCCAAUCAUCCCUAGAAAAGAUUAUGAUUGUGACAGAUUAACUGGUGCAAUUCUACAAUUGAGCAAAAACACCUCGGUGGUAUUAGAUGAAACUAGGUUGCAAGAAGGGAAAUUGGAUGCAGCAGGAGUUAAAGGAGUCCAAGCCAUUGCCAAUGCUAUAAAGAAGCAAAAAGUCAAUUAUGAUUUCAACUAUUAUCCUAUAGAAUUCGACUGUGACAUUCCAUUUGUGAUUUUCUCAGAGGGCAAGAGCAUGCUUCCGUCUGAUGUGCAUAUACCACUAAAACCAGAUGAUCAGUGCAGAGACACUUUCUCAGAAAUCCUUGAGGCAGCAAGGCAUUUCUUAAAGCCAGAACUGUUACAGGACAUAAGGAAAUACCUAACAGAAGCCAGAUUGUUGAAUUAUGAAAUGUCAGACAACGUUCAGGAGCUUGUUCAGCAAGAGUUUGUGAAUAUGAGGCAGAAUGAUGGGAAUGUUACAGCAGAUGAUCUGCACAGUUUGCUCGUUUUGGCAAGAUUAGUUUGCAUAUCAGAAGGGAAAACCACUUUGGAUGCAGAUUGUUGGCAGAGGGCUUGUCAGAUGGAGAAGGAGAGGAAGAGCCGAUUAAGUAAAUAAUUUAUUGUUAGAUUAAGUUGUUUACCUUUAUUUUGUGUGUUUUGUUUUAUUAUUUAUUUUGUAUUAUUUAAUUUAAGUUCAUAAUUAAAUUUUUUAUAACAA